UUUAAAUCCUUAUAAGCUUUCUAAAGUUGUGGUGAGAAGAGAUCAGACACAUGGGGAGCUGCUUCUCUUCUGCAUCUUUGAAGAAUCAGGCAUCUUCAGAGAGAAAGGAGUGUGAAGAGGAGAUACAAGUAUGUGUGGAGCGAGGUGAUGAUGGGUUGAGUCCUGAUGAGAAGAGGAGGAUUGCCUCCCUGUACUCUCAUCGAGGGAACAAAGGUCUGAACCAGGAUGCUGCCAUCCUUUGCAAGGGAUAUGGAACAGAGGAGGGGUUGUUUUGUGGGGUAUUUGAUGGCCAUGGUACAAGUGGGCAUACUGUGAGCAGGGUGGUCAGAGAUUACCUGCAUGCCUUGUUGCUUGGCGAACGCAACGCCCUCCUGCUCUCCCAGGAAGACGACGGAUUCACCGAUAGCACUGACACGAGCUCAACGGAUGGCGAGGAGGUGCUUGAUGAGUGGAAAGAGGCUUGCAUCAACGCCUUCAAAACCAUGGACGAAGAACUCAAGGUGAGGCCAAACUUAGAUUGCUCCUUCAGUGGAACCACAGCAGUCUCCGUCAUCAAGCAGGGGGAAGAUCUGAUCAUUGCCAACCUUGGCGACUCGAGGGCUGUCAUGGGAACCGUAUCAGAGGAGGGUCACCUCGAGGCGAUUCAGCUGACGACAGACCUGAAGCCCAGCGUACCUCAGGAAACAGAGAGGAUAAGGAAGAGCAACGGGCGGGUGUUCGCGCUCGAGAGAGAGCCGCACAUCCAACGCGUGUGGUUGCCCGACGAGGACUUCCCCGGGCUCGCCAUGGCCCGCGCUCUCGGGGACUUCCAGCUUAAGAACUACGGCAUCAUCUCGGUCCCUCAGGUGGCUCAUCGCCGUGUGACGAGCAGAGAUAUGCUCAUAGUCCUCGCGACCGACGGGGUGUGGGAUGCGCUUAGCAACGAGGAGGUGGUGUCGAUUGUUUGGUCCACCGAGACCAACGAGGAUGCAUCGAAGACGUUGGUGGAAGCAGCACGUAACGCGUGGAAGUCCAAGUUUCCGUCGGCAAAGGUAGAUGAUUGUACUGCCGCUUGCCUGUUCUUCCAAGAGGAAAGGCAGGAGUUAUUACUUCCAACAGUUCAAGACAAGUAAGCAGAUGAGAGAUCUUACUUGCUAUGAGUUACCAACACUACGAGCUUUAUAGAAAAUGUCAUGAUGGCAACACUAAUUACUACUUGCAACAGUUCAAGACAA